AUGCCUAAUGCUGUCCGAUUUAUAGGUCUAAAUGCAACAUUCUUAGAACCCCACUUGCAAGGUGUCAGACGACGAGACAGUCGAAGCUCGGAUUCAGAACACGAAAGGUCCACUGAAGAUGACGAGAGGUCUCUUAUACGCUCCUCUCCAAGAAGCAGACAUCCACCCCCUGACAAUGAACCGCCACCGCCGAUGAAGCCAAGGGAGUUCUUCGAAAGAUUACAAAGUCAAGCAAUGAGAGAGAUUCCAGGGAAGACGAAACGAGACCAAGCAAUCAAAGACGCGAACCAACUGUUUCGAACGCUGGAUACGGACGGCAGCUUGGUUGAUAGUCUUAGUCAGAGCCGAGAAAGUCUGUCAUCAGAUGGUGAGGGUGCAAAAGGCGACUGCUCCUCAGUGGGGACUUCGGGGUCUGACUCCGAGGAGCAGCCGCCAUGCGACAUUGGUCUGCUGGAGCGACUGAUACGGACACACCCAGUGUGGUUUCUGCCUGGUAUACAACGAGCGGGUGCUUUUCACCUUCUGCAGGGGAAAGAGGAAGGGAACUUUGUCGUCCGACAAUCUAGUCAGCCGGACACAAUGGCGAUAAGCGUCCGUCUGCCGGCCGACAAAGGACCAUACAUUGAGCACUACCUCAUCCAGGCAUCGGCUGGUCGUAUCGGCCUGGAGACGUCCGCAAAUCGCUUUGAUAAUAUACCUGAGCUGAUCGCACACUAUUCGCAAUGUUGUGACGAGCUACCAGUUCAGCUCCAACUGCCGAGGCCGCUUAGAGACGCUAAAAGCAGACAUCAGCUUAGUUCUCUAGCGCUCCUAGGCCAGGAGUUCUGGGGAUAUCCAAUGGCGAAUCCAAAGAACACAAACGUGUUGUCCCCUGGGCAGCUGGCGUCUGGCGUGGUUCCGAUGGCUAUCACUCCCUCGGAUACUGGAUCUAGUCUUAGCAGUUUUAAUCCAAAUACGAAUUCCAAGGAGAGAAUAUUUAAUCCUGACAAGGAGAAUGAUAUUUUGAAAAUGUCUGUAGAUACAUCUCCAACUCAAAGUUUAAGUACAUUUAAAGGGAAAAGUCCUCCUUCACCGCCAGCGAAACCCGGGUCUUUUGUGAGGGCUCCAAGACCCACUCCUCCUAAUACAUUAAAUCUUAUGACUAGCACCGCGCACAUAACACAACCGCACACAUUCCCCACCACAAAUCCCCCCCAACUCUCCCCCACUCACUCGAAGUCCACACCGCCCCCUCCACCCCCUCGUUGGGCCAAACCACCCUUUCCCACCACCCAAUCCCUAGCUUUCAGCCCUAUUAACAAGUCAAACGGAAUAACUGUCACCACGACAGUGACGUUUAGCGUCAAUAAUACACAGAUACACAACCACCAAAUAAACGAGAACAUUCAAAGUGACAGACUGCAACUAACGCUUGCUAAUACCGACAAUGCAUUCAACCUAGAGUCGACUAAGGGCGAAGUGAUCGAACAGAGUAUGUUGCAUCGUUUAUCGCCAGAAGGAGAAUGUAUAAGUACAAUGACAGCUAGCUUACACGGAAGCUUUAAAAGACAGAUAGAGGCAGAGGCCGGAUCGCCGAAUGACCAAAACACAGACAUAGACACGGGAGUUAAUACCUUCACGAAAUCUUCUAAUAGUUUCGCCCCCAACCAGUUAGUUUCCCCCAACGGAACCAAUUCGGUUACUAGUGGUAUUUUCUCGCCCACCAGUCAAAUUAAUUCACCCGUCUCCAACGAUACAAUAUCGUCCAAAAGCGGAGUUUUCUCACCCUUAAGUCAAACGAAUAAGAGUGAUAUUUUCUCUCCUUUAUCGAGGAGUUCACCCGUGUCAAACAAAAAUGUUUUCUCCCCGACAUCGAAUGUUAUGUCCCCUAUGAGUGGUCGAGAAAAGAUAAUAUCUCCCAAUACAAAUACAGCGAGUACAACACCCUCUGGUCGGUCAAGGAGAAGUAAACACUCCCUUCGAAAGGAGUCCAGACAUUACCAGGAAUCAGACAUCCUCGAAUCGCCGGGAGUGUAUUGUCGUAGCUCCUUAUUGGAUAAAGUGAGUGAUUAUGAAGACAUAUGGGGACCAGAAGGCAACAAUUGCACGACAUUCAAACCUAAGACUGAUAAUGAUAAUAUAAAUAAUGGUUUAAUGAAAAGCAAGAGACCUGAUUUGCUACCGGACACAUUGCCGAAAUUAAUCGCAGCGAAAAGUACACAAUCAAUACUUGAUAAAGAAAAUAUGAUUCUAUUGACAUCAUCAGAUAGUUUAGAAAAGAAAAAUUUAUCUGACAACUCAUUGAAGAAGAGCUUCAAUGGAUCGAACGAAAUUAUAGCGACGACCAAUAGUAAAGGUGACGUGAUACCAAAAAGACCGGAUAAACUGAACAUCGCUUUAAAUAUGAAUAAAAAAUUGACUGAUGAAAUCGAAGCUGCCUUAAAGAAUAAAAAUCAUACGACAGAGAGUAUGGAGACUGUUAAAUUAGAAGACGAUUGUACUAAUGGGGAUGAGUCGGAAAAAGAUAAUGCCGGCAGUCCUUUCUAUGCCGACCCUGUUGAUACGCUAAAGGAGGCAGCAAUGUUGCCAGUGCAAAGACGAAAGUUGCUCAGAGCGGGAGUGAGUUUGUCCCAAAGGUACUCUGAGCCGCCUUCUCAGAAUCACCCUUAUUAUCCAUUGAGGGAUAUGCAUAGUAUUGAGGAACUGUCUCCAUCUUCCCCAAACACAUCAACGUCGGUAGACAACCUGGUGUCUCUUCGAACUAAGCCUAAAAUGAAACCAGUAGAACCUCCCAGGGUUGCGGCAAAGCCUCCUAAUGGGAAGGAACAGACUUGGGCUGUUGAUUCCAGUUGGCAGUUUAUAAACAAGAACGAAGACGGUGGUGAUAGUGGAACAUUUCCAUCUCUAGCAGAGCAGGAAACGAAGCUCAGUGCUGAUGAAGCCCAUCUUUCUGUACAUCAAGUGGUUGCCCAAAGAUUUCCCGAACUCCGUUUGGCAUCGGAGCCGACCAGUCUUCCCGAGGAAGUGAGAUCUCCGCCGCGGGCCUCUUGCUAUGACAACGUACAUGACCUGAGACCACUGUCCGAACAGGCCAGCGAUGACGGCACGGUAUUCUCUGAACCCUGGGACAGCUCACAGUGGGAUGGCCUUUUACCCCUUAAUGGACAAUCACAAUUUGAAAAUGAGGAGGUAUGUGAAUGGGAGUCCCCAGUACCGCGUCGAGGUCCGGCUGCGGCAGCACGAGCCAAGAGCUUCAGGGACAGACUAGACCCACUUCUAGCAGCGGGACGAGUCCGCGCAUUGCGCGGCGGUCGGACGUCUCUUGGGGCGGGUGCCGCCCUCAGAGCGUAUGCCUUACAUUUAGCCCAAGACAAGAGUACCACCUUUGCUCAAAACGUUGAUAACUUCAUUGCUUGUACGUUGGACUCGAAAGAAACGUGCCCACAGGUGAUGAUGCGGAACAUGCGUCAGUUCAUGUCGGGAAUGAAGAACUAUCUCGUGAAGCAUGGCGAGAGAGAGUUUGAAAAAGAAGUCGAGAAGGAAAGACUUAAGCUGAAACCGACAGAAUUCCUAAACAUCGACGCAAUAUUAGAAGGCGUUAUGCAUCGACUGGUUGUACGACCUCUACGCUCUAAGUUGUAUACGUUGCUGGCUUCAUGGCAUGCAACGGAUGUGCGACAGCUUCACGCGGCAAUAGAACGCGCGCAACACGUUACGGCCUUGCAACUAGGGGUUAAGGAAUCUACAAAAGUACCGUCUUCAGCAGUGUUGGCAGUUAUCUCGAAGCAUUUCCUUAAAAUGCAAGAAGCGGACUCGCCUUUGGACAAACUAGAGAAUCUCCUUGCAGCUAUAUCUGCUAUGUUCAAUGCGAUCCGUGGCGAGCGAGCAGUGGGUGCAGAUGACUUACUCCCAGUAUUAGCAUGGUGCGUGUCCCGUUGCCGGUUAGUUUGUGCUGAACUGGAGGCUGAACUCAUGGCCGGGUUACUUCCACCCGCAUUGCUGGCUGGAGAAGGAGGUUAUUACCUUACUGCGCUCUUCUCGGCGGUGGCAGUUCUCAAGAGAUUGGCGCCCGAGGCGGGAUCAGAUAGCAGUGCUUCGUGUCGCCGCGGCUCCGAGUGUAGUAAUCGCGAGACAGCAGCCGUAGUGCGAGUGGCCUUACCGGACGAGUGUCGCGGAUGGAUCCGUCGCGUAGCGCUUCCGUGUCGUCCGGCGGCUCGCGUCCGCGAUCUCUGUCGUGCAUUGGCGCACGCCGCCGCCAUUACUAAUCCGCAAGACUACGCGCUUUUCGCAUUGCACGACGGACAUGAAACAAUGCUAAACGAAAACGAUUGCCCACAAGAAGUGAUGUCAGAGAAAAGUGGUCAGAACUUCGUGCUGGCGUACAAGCGGAUAGAUGCGAAAAUCGCGUGGCCGCAACAGGCUCUGCUUUCAUACCCAUAA